CAAGAAUCAAGGAUGUAAACGCGUGCCUGUGAGCAAAGGCAUCACUAUUUUGUACGGAAAACCAUUUGCCUAUGUAUUAAGAUCGGCGAUGCGUGACGAAAGAUGUGAUCAUUGCCUACGAAGAUAAAUAUAAAUAUGCCGGUGUUUCGUUCUGCGAUAGUUUUGCAGCAAGAUAAUGUAUUUACGUUAGGUUAGGUUAGAUUAGGUUAUUGGGAACAGAAAGAUUGAAUGUUUCAUCGAUGUCUUUCGCAUUUCUGCGUUUAAAAUGAGUGACGAUAUACUAAAAAGAGGAACAAUAAUUUUUACUGGCAAACCGUUCGUCUUUGCUCUUAAUUCGAAACACAGAACUACUCGAUGUGACAAUUGUUUGAAAAGCGGCAAAUUAUUAAAGUGUUCGGCUUGUCAGUAUGUAUAUUAUUGCGACCGCAGUUGUCAAAAAGAAUCAUGGCCAAUACAUAAGACAGAAUGUACACAUUUGAAGAAGAUAUCACCAAAGAUUGUGCCAGAUGCAGCACGACUUAUGGCACGUAUAAUUCUGAAGCUUAAUCGAGGCGGGGCUGACGAAGUAGGCUAUUAUACUGAAAAAAAUUUUAGAAAAUUCAAAGAUUUAAUGUCACAUUAUUCAAAUCUAAAGAAAGAUGCAAAGCGAUUGGAACAUUUUACCACAUUAUGUGCAGUUUUAUAUGAUCUUCUUGAGGGAGAAACAAUCCCUAACAUUGCAGAAUUGAUGGGUAUUUAUGGUAGAAUGUGUACUAAUUGCUUUAACAUAUUGGAUCUUAAUAUGAACACCAUUGGAGCUGGUAUUUAUCUGGGAGCAUCUGUGAUGGAUCACAGUUGUAAACCCAAUGCAGUUGCUAUUUUCGAAGGGACUACUAUUAUUAUCAGGACAAUAAUGGAUCUUCCCUCUUUAGAUUGGUCACAGAUAAAAAUAUCAUACAUCGAUUUACUCAAUUCUAACAAAGACAGACGUGAAGAAUUGUACAAUUCAUAUUAUUUUUGGUGUGAUUGCGAAAGAUGUAAGCAAGUGGAACCCAUGGCUGAAGCAGCUGCAUGUCCAAAUUUAUCUUGUGAUUCUCCAUGUCUGAUCGAAGCUGAUAGUUGUGAAAAAUGUGAUACAAAAAUAUCAGAGGAAUUUAAAAACAUGUUUCGAGAAGUUACUGACUUUACUCUUCACCGUUUAGAAGAAAUGAAAGCUAUGGCUUAUCUUGAUGUCAGCAAAAUAUGUUUGAAAAAACAGAAGAAUAUACUGCACAGAUUUAAUAUACAGCAUAUUCGUACUCUGGAAACAGCUCAUAUUGCAGCCAUGAAUCUAGAAUGUUGGGAAGAUGCAGAAUUAUAUGGCAAAAAACUUAUUCCAGGAUAUUUAUUAUAUUAUGGAGAAAUACAUCCCUUGACAGGAUUGUUAUAUCUCACGACUGGGAAGAUACAAUUACACUUGGAAAAACCAAAGGAUGCGCUUAAAGUAUUAAAAAAGGCAAAUGAAGUGUUAAUGAUAACACAUGGUGAUCAGCAUUCCCUAAUAAGAGAAGAAUUAAAACCUUUGCUUUAUCAAGCUAUUAUGGAAUCGAAUACAAACAUUAAUGAGGUGUAGCGAUUUUACAAUUUUGCAAUUUUUUUUUUUUAGUAAUAAAUUAUUUUUUAAAUACAUAAACUUGUGUGUCUAUUCUGUCCUUUCCCAGUU